GUCAUUAUAGAGUAUUUGACCAAUCAGAUUUUAUUUAGAUUUAAACUAACCUGUGUACUAUUAAAUUAAAAUUAAGAAGACACCAUCAAGAACAGUUUGCGGGUACGAGUAAAGCUUUAUAAUACAAUGAACACCACAACAGAAGAUAGUGAGCUGGCUGUCUUGGUGAGUCUCUUACAAGAGUCCAUUUGUGAAUCAGCCAACCUCAAGCAGUUGUCUAGAGUAUGGACAGAGAUUGGUAUGAAUGAGGCUCAACGUCACGAGAGAAGGGAGAGAAUCGUGCUCCAUGUGAAUGACCUACUCGAAGAAAUGUCUUCCGAAGAACUAAAUUUAAAGAUGAAGUUGGAAGAGAGUUUUGAGAGCAAUAAAGCCGAGCUACAGGACCUCUGUAAGCAGCUGUCCCUCAAGGAGGAGGAUGUGCCCAGUGGGAGUGAGAUGCCACUGUAUCAGAGGGAGUCUUUUGUUCGAGGCAGAGUGGACGCCCUCAACAAGAUGAAGUUUGACAGAAAGAAGAGGCUGAAGCGUAUAAUGGAGAUGGAGAGUUCCAUGUGUACUAGCCUGGGUGAGGUGUCUCAGCUCAAGGCAGUCUACAAGAGUGAGACUGUCCCCUCCGAGGAAGACCUCAAGAGCUUCAGGACUAGAGUUGAGGAUCUAGAGUUCACACUCAAUGAGCGGCGAUCCAUCUUCCAAGACCUAUGCAACAAGGUGUCCAAUAUCUGGGCAGAGCUGGAGGAGGAGCCUCAUGGCUAUUUCUCCACUGCACACAAGGACAAGAGUCCACCACUCGUCUUGUCCACUGCUGAGAUGUGUAACAUUGAGGAGGCCUACAAACAGAUUGUGACUGCAGCAGCCAGAUUGGAGGGCAGUGCUCUAGAGAUUCGUGAGAAAAUACAGUCCCUGUGGACACGACUGAAUGUCCCUGAGGAAGAACAAAUGGCCUUCAAUCAGGCACACCUAGGACACAAGCCCAGGGUGAUUGCAAUGUUGAAAGAGGAGCUUGACCGACUCACUGAGCUAAAGAAAGCGAAUAUGAAGCUACUCAUCUGUAACACACGCACAGAGCUACACAAAGCCUGGGACAAGUGUCACUAUGGAGACUCACAGAGACGAGAGUUCCUGCCUGCAUUCUCAGACGACUAUCGUGACGAUGUCCUCGGAGACCUGGAGAGCGAGUUGGACCGGGUGAACGGGUUUUAUCGUGAUAACGAAGAGCUCUUUCAGAAAGUGGAGAAGAGAGAAACAAUGUGGACACAAUAUCAAGAGUUAGUGGCCAAAAGUAGUGAUCCCAAGCGUCUCUUCAGUGCUCGCGGGGGACAACUGCUCAAGGAUCAGCAGCUACAGAAGCAGAUCAAGAAGGACCUAGGUAAAUUGGAGAAGGGGCUCACUGCAGAGCUGAAGCAAUGGGAGGAAGACUGUGAGAGGUACUUCAUUGUACAGGACAGUCGCUACCUGGACACCAUUCAGAGCCAGUGGGAGCAGACAGGGAAGCAGAAACAGAUGGAGAAAGAAAAAAGGCAAAUUGUGAAAGAGGAGCAGACCAUGAUGGAGAUGACCUAUGGCAGCAAGCCUAUUACUCCACUCAAGAAAAUAAUGAAACGCCCGGCUGCCUCUCCCCUCACUAUGCCAGCCAAGAUGCGUAAGGUGGGGCAGUCUCCUUGUGUCAGUGCCACCAGUAACUCUGUCAGGUCCCUCAAUCGACCACCCAGGUCAACCAGUAGGGUCACACGUACUGCAAAGACUCCACUGUAUACUCCACAGAAGAGAUCAGCUAUGUUGAAAGCCCGUCGAGUUCUAAAAGACAAGAAUAGUCAGCUACCUCCACCGGACCCCACCAGUGAGAGCUUCAUCAGUCAGAUCAGUCACAUCAAUGCUUCCCUAGCAUCAGCCGGUACCUACACAGACUUCCAGAAAGGAGCCAGCAGCCAGCCACGUAGCAGUGUCGUCCCAAGAACCUCCUCAAGAACUGACUUUACCUAGCACUAACUGACACACUCUAUGUCAUGUCUUUGCACUGUUUAGAGACUUACAUGUUUUAUCGCUUUUGCAUAUGUGCGUACACCCACUCUCCAUAGCAAUGAUAAUGAUCUGUACUUUA